GGGGUUUAUGGACGUUCACCGCGCCGAGUCGUGCUUGAUUCAUCGCCAAGGCUCGCGCACGCUCUCCUUCUCUCUCGUUCUCGUCUGCUGUAUUCGCAGCCUAUAAACAGAGAAAGAGAGAGGAGUCACGGGUUGUUGGCCCUUUCGUUUUGUUCCGCGGCGCGACGAUGUAUCGCGUCAAGGGCUUUGGCUGGAACUAUAUAUCACAAGAGACUUGCGUGAAUGCAGAGGAAGUUUUUAAGUACUUUAUAUAGCUGCGGCUUUUCAUGUAGGUGUACUGUGCAGGGGAAUGGCAAGGAAGUGGGUGUGCUCCUGCCUGGUCCAGGUGUGCCCUUUGUUGCAUGAAUGCAUCUGCAGAAAUUGGAGAGACGUGCUGCUCUGCAAUGUCUGAGGUAAAAUAGUAUUAUAGAACUAGAAUAAUAAGAGCAAUCAUGGCAAGGAGCAGGAAGUUUGACAAUAAUACGCUAGACGUAUUAAACAAAGGAUGCUUGGACCUAUAUGACAGUGUGGCCUGUGGUCGGAUCAGCCUACUGGUUUUCCUCAGUGUAAUAACACUGUUUUUUGUAAUUCUGAAGAUCAUCAAGUACCAUAGCUACAAGCAUUCACAGAUGCAUCAUUAUGCCAUAUUCUACAUCUCUGCCAUCCAGUGCAUCGUCAGUGCUGCAAGUUUUAUACUCGGGAUUCGAUAUCCCCAGUUACACUUUGCCACAAACUUCUUUAAGCUCUAUCAAUUCAUUCUAAUUUGCCAUCUUCACUGGUCAAUGGCAGCGAGAUCUCGACACAGAGAUGAUGUUGUACAACAUGUCAUUAAUCCCAUUCUGUGUCUGUACACUCUCUAUUGCAUCACCGUUGUCUUAAUGGGAAUGGUGGACAUAAGUGGAACCUGGACUGAAUGUUUUAGACCUUAUUGGCUAAUGUUGUCGAGUGCAGACUUCAUUGCAGUUCAGCUGUUUGCAAUAGUUGCAUUGUAUGUUACACACAGUAACAGACAGUUAGUUAUAUCGGCUCUAAUGAUGCCUGCAACUUCGUCCCAGACAAGAGACUUGUGGCUUGUCACUGCAGUUUAUGAAGUUUCAGCUGCAGUUUCAGUUGUUUUUGAUGCAAUCAUGGUCCUAAUGGGUAGAGACGAAAGUGGUUGUAGUGGAAUUUACAAUCAUGUGCAACUGUACUACAGCUCACUUUUAAUAGUCCUCAUGGUUCUCAAAUACUUCGUGCCAACUUGGACACUUCUCUGUGUCUUUCAGCCAAGUAGAGUAAAAUCAAGACCAUCUGAAGUAGCUCUUACUUCACAUUAUAAUAUGGAUGGAUCGUGUUAUAAUCAAUAUCACAGAAUGUUUUUGCCGACAUUCGGCUCGUCGGGAUCGAUUCCCUACCCAGCUCUCUCAUAUCCAACGAAUUCUCCAAUGUUCGGAGCUAUAGGAGACUUUUCCGACAGUUCGCCGGAUGCAUCUCCGACCAUUGCUCGAUAUUGGACUGGACUAGACGAUGAUUCUUACUGCGGCUAUGAGAAACAUUUCAUAAAUGUUGAUCAGCAGAAAGAGAUGUUGGAAAGCCAGUAUAGAAUGGAGCAAAAUCGACAGAAUCUCGAAAAAAGUCUUGGACUAGAUAUAGAUAACGAUAAGAACGAAAAAAAUUCUCUGGACAAUAAUAGAUACUUGACGACUAUAAGCGAAGAGAGCGCCAACGUAACUGAGAACCCACCGGAAUAAGGCGUUUUCUGAUGGAUACGCAAAAUGUACUGAACCUAGUCGAGGAAGGUACCUAAUGUCAAAAUUGUUUGCCAGGGUACUCUUGUUAACAUAUAAAUCGUCCUAUUGUAAGAGUCGUUAGAAAAUGAAGAAAAAAAUUCGAACAUUCCUUUUGUAACAAGAGAGAAUCUAACGACGGUAACGGUAUGAAACAACAAAAAAGAACAAUGAACAGGAGUUUGAAGCGGUAUUCGCAACCAUCCUUCCAAAUGCUGUGAUUAAUUGAUGCUCAAGGUCGUCUAACCAUUUUACAAUCAUGAUUUCUUACCAUCACUUCAGUGAGACUAAGCCUCGAUUUAUUUUCGAAGCAAUUUUUUCAUAUUAUUAGAAAUGAUUGCAUUGCAAUCGUUUUAGAUUUGUAUCAGUGCAUCACAAUAGAUUAGGAGAACAAAGAAGCAAACAUCACAGGAUUUUUACACUUUGUUAGAUGUUCAUAGUUAAACCACAGAACUGUCGACAGUUUUACGAACUAACUCUCUCCGUACUAGAUGUAAGAAUCUAAUGAAUUGUAUAGUAAUAAUUCUCACCGUUCUAGAGAUAAGGCAAAGUGAUAAUUACUCGAUACCAUAUAUUUAGCGAAACAUGUUAGAUAUUAAGCAACAUAUUCUCAAAGUCGGGUGCAUCAGCGUAUCGACGAGAUUGUCAAAUGUUUAUUAUAUUGUUACAAGUACUUGUCAGCGUUCGGAAAUUCAUCAAAUUAUUGUGCCAAAACGUCGAUUAUUUUAUGAAACUAUGAAUCAUCAACAAUUUCGAAUACUCCGUAUUAUUCGUUUUAUUGUUUCAAAAUGAAACGAGAUUAUUCAAAAGCACGCAUUAGCUGUAAUCAAUGUUAUUCUUGAAAGUGUACCACCAAUGCAAUUGAAAAUAUUUGUUGAAAAAAAGUUGGUUUACAUAAAAAUUUCUUAAAAUGCAAUAUUUAAUUUUUAAUUUUGGAUUUCUAUAUAAUCAACUUAAUGGUGUGGUGUAUUUUUAAAUGCUACUGGUCUACAGAGAGAGAAUUUUAUUUGUUCAAAAGAGAAUAUACGAAAAAUCAGAGUAUUUAUGGCCUAGAAUAUUUUAUAAUUCCACGAAAAAUCAAUGCAAAAUUUUUAUUUUAGAGAGGUUACAUCAAUUAUGUUUAUUUUUAAUAUAAUUUAAAAUGCAAUCUGUACGAUUUGCACGACAUAUAAGAACGAUGAUCAAAACUUAGGAAUAUCACACGGUACAUUCGAAAUGCAUAUACUCAAAUUAUAACGAGCGUAACCUCACAAAAUGUGUUAGGUUUCUAUAAAUGUAUACUUAAAGGCAUGUACUCGGUUAUUCGAGUAAUUUUAUAACAUAUAAUGAAAUGUACAUAAAACGAAUAGAUAUUAUUAUCUAUAUACAAGGUAAACUUUGCUGAUCGUUAAACGGUUUUCACAUUUUCGCCACUUUUAAAUACUGUUCUAGCUAGGUGACAUGUGACGUCGCUUUAUCAGCAUAGCGAACGAGUAGUAUGAUGCAAUUUAUAUGUGUAAAACCGUAAUAUAUACAAUGGCGAAUGCCGACAAAGUUUGGCAAUUUUCACAUCUGAAUCUGGAUGAAUAUUUAUCAACGCUCGAAUAAAUAAAUAGAAACUUCUUACAUUUACACUCGUAUAGAUAUGCAAAGUGUACGCCAUUUGUCGAAUUAUCAGAAUUUUAAUAACAAAAGAAAAAUUCGCAAAGUACGUUACAUAUACAGUUAUCGCUUUUUAUAUGCGCUACCAAACACAUAUACUUUUUACCGAGACAUGGUAAAUAUGUAAUUUGUUAUUAUGAUUCUCAAAAUUGUCUAAAUAUUUUACGCUUACGAAAAUUUGGCAAUAUUCAUAUAUAUGAUUGUAUUUAUUACGUAUGCUAAUUGUAAAUAAUAAUUUCCUCAUACGAGACUUUUUAUUAUAGUUUUUUUUAUAAUUUGAUAAUGAAUAAAUAAAUGAAUAUGAAUGCUGUAA